AUGGCUAUGAAUGGCACAAGUUCGUCCUCCUCCGCCUUCAAUGCGUCUUCGACCAUUCCUCUAUGGCUUGAUGGCAAAGAAGUGACCUCUUCUUCUACCUUCGACGUCGUAUCUCCCGUCGACCAAAAAACUCUGUACAAGGCCACCUCAGCCUCCGAAGAAGACACACUCAAGGCAAUUGCAUCUGCGGAAAAGGCAGCUCGGCAAUGGGGAAAGACAAAGCCCGCAGAGAGACGAGACAUAUUCCUUCGUGCCGCCGAACAAUUCAAGAAGCGGAAAGAUGAAUUAUACGAAUACAGCCGUACCGAGACAGGCGCAGCCGAGUCCAUGUUUGCCUUCGAGCACAACCUCGCAUACCAAGCCUGCCUAAGUGUCGCUGGCUUAAUUCAAGUCGCAAGCACCGCCACCUCUCCAGUAGUUGCGGAAGAAGGAUCAAGUGCAUUGAUUGUCAAGGAGCCAUAUGGUGUUGUUCUGGGAAUUGCUCCUUGGAACGCCCCCUACGUCCUCGGCCUUCGUGCCUGCCUGCAACCACUAGCUAUGGGCAAUGCCGUCAUCUUGAAAGGCCCGGAAGCCGCACCAGCAACUUACUGGGCACUGGCAUCCAUUCUUCAUGCUGCAGGUCUCCCUGCGGGUGCUUUAAACACAAUUUACCAUCGUCCUUCCGAUGCCGCCCUCAUCACAAACACCUUGAUAUCACACCCAGCAAUCAAGAAAAUAAACUUCACCGGCUCCACCAAUGUCGGAUCCAUCAUCGCAGGUCUCGCAGGGAAGAAUCUGAAGCCAACUGUCAUGGAGCUCGGUGGGAAAGCACCUUCCAUCGUCUGUGAGGAUGCCAACAUCCAGAUGGCGGCCUUGCAGGUAACUCUCGGAUCGUUCCUCCAUGCAGGUCAGAUUUGUAUGGCAACGGAACGGAUUUUGGUACAUGCCAAGAUUGCGGAUGAAUUCCGCUCUGCAUUAAAAACGACCAUGGACCAAGUUUUCACUGAAGGGCCCCAGGGCCUGGGUGUUCCCCAGCUCGUAACCGCUGCCCCUGUUGAGAAGAACAAGAAAUUGCUGGCAGAUGCACUGUCCAAAGGCGCGAAGACACUCUAUGGUGAUGCUUCACACAACGAAGAAUCCAAGACAAAGAUGCGACCCGUGGUCAUUGAGAACAUCAAACCCGGGAUGGACAUUUACCAUACCGAGUCUUUUGGCCCCACGGCGUCACUCUAUGUUGUGAAUUCAGACGAAGAAGCAAUCGAGAUCGCCAAUGACACCGAUUACGGUCUUUCAAGCGCGGUGUUCACGGAGGACCUGAGACGAGGACUGAAGAUUGCCAAGCAGAUUGAAACAGGAGCUGUGCACAUCAACAGCAUGAGUAUCCAUGACGAGACUGCGCUCCCACACGGUGGAGCGAAGAAGAGCGGGUUUGGAAGGUUCAAUGGUCUUCCAGGAUUGGAGGAAUGGGCAAGGAGCAAGGUGAUCACUUGGAAGGAUUAG